AACGUGAGGAGGCGUAAGUUGCUUGAUAAACACUCCCUAGAAUGUAGUGAGGGCUAUAUGAUAGUGGAUUGACUUUUUUAUUGCCAAAGGGCCGACGCAAAACUACGAACAUCUCAUGUCAGUGAUGUAAAUAUGGCAGCUGGGCGAGUAAGGUCUUUCCGUCGUGUUGGAAGUCUCAUGCGGAGCAAAUCUGAGGGGACAUUGAUUGAUCUGGAUGAGAGUGCCUCAGUUACCACCAGCAACCUCAAUGGUGGAUAUAUUUCUCAAACAGCAAAACACUCAGAGUGGCCAGUUUUACAGCCAGAAGUCGCACAUUCUUCUCAAACAAGCAAUCCAUUCUGGAACAAACUAUCUGCAUCUAAUCCUUUCUUGGAUGAAAUUGUACACAACAAUACAGAAAAGAAUACGACCGACACAUCAAGUCUUAAAGAGGAACCUGCACACUUUCUGGACACAAAUAACGAUGAUGCCGUAAGCACAUCUUCAGAUGAAGACAGUCUAGGGAGUUUUUUGGAAAACAAACACAAGGUCACAAACAGAUCUGGGAGAUGGAGGAGUGCCUCAGACAUUCUGGAUGACUUGGAGAGAAAGGAGUCAAAAAGGGAGAGACGCCUCAAACCGCCUGGAGCGAUUUUGAACCCAGAUUUUGAGUGGCUAAAAAAUGACAGGGAGGCCUAUAAAAUGGCCUGGCUUAGCCACAGACAGUUGACUCGAUCAUGCCUGGAUCUGGGUCUAAUGAGCCAAAGCCCUGGAUGGGCUCAGACUCAGGCCACUGACUUUCAGGUCAUCUCCAAGAUAGACCACUCUGGAGGUUCAUUACAAUUACCAGGCUCAGACAUUAGUAUCCAUGUCCCAGAGGGCCAUGUUCCUCCUGGUGAAAUUCAAGAGAUUGCAUUGAAAGCAACACUAGAUCCUCCAUAUGGACUAAACAGCAAGUGCAUGACAACCAUGAGUCCACUUCUAGAAGUGAGUCUCAGCAACCUCAACAUGAAGGAGAGUAUUUCUCUAGAAAUGAAGCUAGCAGGACAGGUCAAGAGUGACCCAUUAAGCCAGGUGAUGACCACCUUGGUUGGGCUUGUGUCCAACAAGCGAGAGGGACCUUAUCAGAAAGUAAAAGACUGUUACAUUUACAAGAAGACUAUGCAGAUGAAGCUGCAGGACCUGAGGACACAUUUUUAUGUUAUUGCAGCUGCAGAGGCCUCUGCCAUCCAGUCCCCUGCUACAUCAGUCUGGGAUUACCUUGAGCGUCAAAUCACUGUUGCGGUUUAUGGUCCUAGGUACAUUCAUCCAUCUUUCAAGGUUGUAAUGGUUGUCUGCUGUCAUGAUGAUAUUCCACCAAAGCUUCCAUUUUCAGACGUCAAUAAAGGCAGCAAAAACCUGCCUCCACUUGUGCUGCAGCUCUGGGGGAAACAUCAGAUUAAACCAGACCAACUGAAUGACCUACAUUUGGCCAUCAAUGUCACAAAUUCAGUGUUUGAAGUCAAAGCUGAGGACAAAAUGAAAGAAGUGAGGCAAAGUCAACUCAAAAUUGGGAGAGUUUUACAUCUACCAGUUACAUUAUCUCAUGUUGGCAAUACGCAAAUGAUUCCCUUCAAGCUAGAUGUACAAGUGAGGGAAUCAACUGUAACUGUUGCACGUUUCCAAGUGCCUUCCCCUGCAACUGCGCCCGUCCGAGUGGAUAAGCGAGCAUCAAGACAAAUGGACAGGCAAAAGGAGAUGGCAAGAUCCCUACCUAUUCCUGAAGAAUCUGUUCCAGAGUUCCCCAAAUUCCAAGACAGAUCCGUGAAACUACAAUGGUACGGGGUGGCCCUAAAGUCAGUGCUCCGUCAGCCACGAGUCGACUAUCUUCUGGAGUAUUUCAAAGGGGACACGGUGGCUCUCCUGUCCCGAGAGACUGUGCGGUCAGUGGGUAAUUCAAAAGUAAAAGAGUGGUAUAUUGGAUUCCUCCGAGGCAGGACUGGCUUGGUUCACUGCAAAAAUAUCAAAGUCAUUACUAGAGACCAGGUGAUUGACUUCACUGGCAUUCAUCUCACCACAGUGGCUCUCUUGGACAACAUGACACUGCCCUUCAAGAAGCUUACUUAUAUGUACUCAGCCAUUCAGACGCUGGUCACUGAACACAUAACGAGUUGGAGAGCUUUUGCCGAUGCCCUGGGCUACAGCAAACUGUCAUUGGACACCAUCACAAGGACAUGUGCUGAAACUGAGGCUGAUAAGGUUGCCUGUGUACUGGAAAAGCUGAAAGAAGACUGCCACGUUGAGAACAGCAGGAAAAAGUUCCAACAUGAGCUUAUGGUUGGUCUUUUGAAGAUGGACUCUAUGACUCUCGUGGCACAGCUGAUUCAGAACACAGUCAUUCUGUCCACUGCAGUAGAGCUGGGUAUUCGAUGGCGGGAGCUCGCUGAGAAAACCGGGAAACUCUCCAGUGCUCAGAUAGCCGGUUAUGAGUCACCACACCGAGGGAAGAACGGUGAAGUCAGUGUUCAGUCAAUGUGGAAACCUGCCUAUGACUUCCUGUAUUCCUGGAGUCAGCGUUACGGAGACAGCUACAGGGACAUGAUCCAGGAUCUCCACCUGAUCUUGGACAAAAUGAAGAGCCCUGUCACCAAGCAGUGGAGGCAGCUGACUGGAGCUCUCAUCACAGUGAACUGUCUGGAUAUCCUUCGCGCUUCUGCUUACCCCAAAACCUAACCCCUUUGAAAGCAUCCUCUAGUGAUGAGCGCUUGUCCUGCAUUUUUUUGGAAAACAGAGCCGGAGUGUUUGUUACACAGCAGACGUUACAGUGCAGAGGCAACAGGGUUUUAAUGAGUCUGUUACUAAGCUCUUUCUGUCAUGCUGUACCUGUGGUUGCUCUGAGUCAUUAUUUGUUUGUUAUGAGACAGACCAGGACUUUCAAAUUUAUUCAGGUACUUGCACUGUAUUUUUAAGUUACACUUAGUGAAUAGACAUUAAGCUACUUUACUCUAAUACUUGAGUUGCCAGAGAACAUAAUUUCCUACUGAAAACCGAACAAAAUGUGUUGUAGCUUGAUCCUUUUCUUUGUACAUCUACAAAAUAUGAUGAAGCCUUGAGGUGACAUUUUGCUUUUGUAGAACAUUCUCAAUUUCGGACAGUGGAUCCAAUGAAUAUUUGCACCAGUGAAACUUGUAUGUUUGGUUUUAGAGCAUUAGCAGCUAAUGAAGAGUCAGAAAACCAAUAAUCAUAAACACCAUUGGUGCCUAUUGCAAAGGUAGCUCAUGAGUGUGAUUAACAAACAUGCAAAAAAAAAAAAAAAAAAUGCUAAAAAUGUUCUACCAAAGUGAAAGUUUCCCAUUGUCCCAAGGCCACUGUCCUCCUAAGUAUA